GGGGCCCAAGGUUUUGUUCCGGCCCCAGGCUCAGCGUCCGCCAUCUUGUGUCGGCGGCUCGGCUGUAAGGAGGUGGCAGGGACAACCACAACCACAACGGCCGGGGGAGGAGAAGGCGGCAGCGGCGAUUCUAGGCGGCCCAGGCGGCGGGGAGGAGGAGAAGGAGGAGGGUGGCGGCCGGGCUUGGCUUCGGCUCCUUGAGGAGUUGGCGGCGGCGCGACCCGGGGAACCGGCAUUGCAGCCCCUUGAAGACAGUUUCAUUUGUCCCAGCUUUUGGAGAAAAUGAGGCUCAGAGGAAAUGAGAUCUCUACCCCAGAUGUCCAGCUCGCCGCUGUCCAAGAAACGUCGCGUGUCCGGGCCUGAUCCAAAGCCGGGUUCUAACUGCUCCCCUGCCCAGUCCGUGUUGUCCGAAGUGCCCUCGGUGCCAACCAACGGAAUGGCCAAGAACGGCAGUGAAGCAGACAUAGACGAGGGCCUUUACUCCCGGCAGCUGUAUGUGUUGGGCCAUGAGGCAAUGAAGCGGCUCCAGACAUCCAGUGUCCUGGUAUCAGGCCUGCGGGGCCUGGGCGUGGAGAUCGCUAAGAACAUCAUCCUUGGUGGGGUCAAGGCUGUUACCCUACAUGACCAGGGCACUGCCCAGUGGGCUGAUCUUUCCUCCCAGUUCUACCUGCGGGAGGAGGACAUCGGUAAAAACCGGGCCGAGGUAUCACAGCCCCGCCUCGCUGAGCUCAACAGCUAUGUGCCUGUCACUGCCUACACUGGACCCCUCGUUGAGGACUUCCUUAGUGGUUUCCAGGUGGUGGUGCUUACCAACACCCCUCUGGAGGACCAGCUGCGAGUGGGUGAGUUCUGUCACAACCGUGGCAUCAAGCUGGUGGUGGCAGACACGCGGGGCCUGUUUGGGCAGCUCUUCUGUGACUUUGGAGAGGAAAUGAUCCUCACAGAUUCCAAUGGGGAGCAGCCACUCAGUGCUAUGGUUUCUAUGGUUACCAAGGACAACCCCGGUGUGGUUACCUGCCUGGAUGAGGCCCGACACGGGUUUGAGAGCGGGGACUUUGUCUCCUUUUCAGAAGUACAGGGCAUGGUUGAACUCAACGGAAAUCAGCCCAUGGAGAUCAAAGUCCUGGGUCCUUAUACCUUUAGCAUCUGUGACACCUCCAACUUCUCCGACUACAUCCGUGGAGGCAUCGUCAGUCAGGUCAAAGUACCUAAGAAGAUUAGCUUUAAAUCCUUGGUGGCCUCACUGGCAGAACCUGACUUUGUGAUGACAGACUUUGCCAAGUUUUCUCGCCCUGCCCAGCUGCACAUUGGCUUCCAGGCCCUGCACCAGUUCUGUACUCAGCAUGGCCGGCCACCUCGGCCCCGCAAUGAGGAGGAUGCAGCAGAACUGGUAGCCUUAGCACAGGCUGUGAAUGCUCGAGCCCUGCCAGCAGUGCAGCAAAAUAACCUGGACGAGGACCUCAUCCGGAAGCUGGCAUAUGUGGCUGCUGGGGAUCUGGCACCCAUAAACGCCUUCAUUGGGGGCCUGGCUGCCCAGGAAGUCAUGAAGGCCUGCUCCGGGAAGUUCAUGCCCAUCAUGCAGUGGCUAUACUUUGAUGCCCUUGAGUGUCUCCCUGAGGACAAAGAGGUCCUCACAGAGGACAAGUGUCUCCAGCGCCAGAACCGUUAUGACGGGCAAGUGGCUGUGUUUGGCUCAGACCUGCAAGAGAAGCUGGGCAAGCAGAAGUAUUUCCUGGUGGGUGCGGGGGCCAUUGGCUGUGAGCUGCUCAAGAACUUUGCCAUGAUUGGGCUGGGCUGCGGGGAGGGUGGAGAAAUCAUCGUUACAGACAUGGACACCAUUGAGAAGUCAAAUCUGAAUCGACAGUUUCUUUUCCGGCCCUGGGAUGUCACGAAGUUAAAGUCUGACACGGCUGCUGCAGCUGUGCGCCAAAUGAAUCCACAUAUCCGGGUGACAAGCCACCAGAACCGUGUGGGUCCUGACACGGAGCGCAUCUAUGAUGACGAUUUUUUCCAAAACCUAGAUGGCGUGGCCAAUGCCCUGGACAACGUGGAUGCCCGCAUGUACAUGGACCGCCGCUGUGUCUACUACAGGAAGCCACUGCUGGAGUCAGGCACACUGGGCACCAAAGGCAAUGUGCAGGUGGUGAUCCCCUUCCUGACAGAGUCGUACAGUUCCAGCCAGGACCCACCUGAGAAGUCCAUCCCCAUCUGUACCCUGAAGAACUUCCCUAAUGCCAUCGAGCACACCCUGCAGUGGGCUCGGGAUGAGUUUGAAGGCCUCUUCAAGCAGCCAGCAGAAAAUGUCAACCAGUACCUCACAGACCCCAAGUUUGUGGAGCGAACACUGCGGCUGGCAGGCACCCAGCCCUUGGAGGUGCUGGAGGCUGUGCAGCGCAGCCUGGUGCUGCAGCGACCACAGACCUGGGCUGACUGCGUGACCUGGGCCUGCCACCACUGGCACACCCAGUACUCGAACAACAUCCGGCAGCUGCUGCACAACUUCCCUCCUGACCAGCUCACAAGCUCGGGAGCGCCGUUCUGGUCUGGGCCCAAACGCUGUCCACACCCGCUCACCUUUGAUGUCAACAAUCCCCUGCAUCUGGACUAUGUGAUGGCUGCUGCCAACCUGUUUGCCCAGACCUACGGGCUGACAGGCUCUCAGGACCGAGCUGCUGUGGCCACACUCCUGCAGUCUGUGCAGGUCCCCGAAUUCACCCCCAAGUCUGGCGUCAAGAUCCAUGUUUCUGACCAGGAGCUGCAGAGCGCCAAUGCCUCUGUUGAUGACAGUCGUCUAGAGGAGCUCAAAGCCACUCUGCCCAGCCCAGACAAGCUCCCUGGAUUCAAGAUGUACCCCAUUGACUUUGAGAAGGAUGAUGACAGCAACUUUCAUAUGGAUUUCAUCGUGGCUGCGUCCAACCUCCGGGCAGAAAACUAUGACAUUCCUCCUGCAGACCGGCACAAGAGCAAGCUGAUUGCAGGGAAGAUCAUCCCAGCCAUUGCCACGACCACAGCAGCCGUGGUUGGCCUUGUGUGUCUGGAGCUGUACAAGGUUGUGCAGGGGCACCGACAGCUUGACUCCUACAAGAAUGGUUUCCUCAACUUGGCCCUGCCUUUCUUUGGUUUCUCUGAACCCCUUGCCGCACCACGUCACCAGUACUAUAACCAAGAGUGGACAUUGUGGGAUCGCUUUGAGGUACAAGGGCUGCAGCCUAAUGGUGAGGAGAUGACCCUCAAACAGUUCCUCGACUAUUUUAAGACAGAGCACAAAUUAGAGAUCACCAUGCUGUCCCAGGGCGUGUCCAUGCUCUAUUCCUUCUUCAUGCCAGCUGCCAAGCUCAAGGAACGGUUGGAUCAGCCGAUGACAGAGAUUGUGAGCCGUGUGUCGAAGCGAAAGCUGGGCCGCCACGUGCGGGCGCUGGUGCUUGAGCUGUGCUGUAACGACGAGAGCGGCGAGGAUGUCGAGGUGCCCUAUGUCCGAUACACCAUCCGCUGACCCCGUCUGCUCCUCUAGGCUGGCCCCUUGUCCACCCCUCUCCACACCCCUUCUAGCCCAGGGUUCCCAUUUGGCUUCUGGCAGUGGCCCAACUAGCCAAGUCUGGUGUUCCCUCAUCAUCCCCCUACCUGAACCCCUCUUGCCACUGCCUUCUACCUUGUUUGAAACCUGAAUCCUAAUAAAGAAUUAAUAACUCCCA